UCUCAUUGAUGGCGACGGCAGUGGUGUGUUGGGGGCAGGUGUGUGGGCGAACUGUGAUAAUCUAUGAGAUGACAGAUCAUCGAGAUCAUCGGUCGGAUCGUGAUUUUGGGUUCGUGGCAGCUGAUACUCAUUUUGGGUAUCGCCAUUACGAGGUUGAUGCCAAUGGGAUAUUGGUUCUACGCCUGGAGAUGGGGUUGGAAUAUGUGGGCAACGAUCUAUGUGAUGUGGCCAUCUUUGUUACAAAGUUGCAUGAGGAUGUACCAUAUCAGCAUGUAGGUGAGGGUGAUGAUGUCGUGAAGAAGAUUGAUCGUUUGCUGUUGUCCUCAGUGGCUUUGGAGCAUGAUGGUCGAUUGGCUGGAAUCGCGGAGUGGGAAGGGAUCUUGGAUACGCCGUUGAUUGGUCGUUGCUAUCUGCAUGGGGAGUUACGUUUUGACAUGUAGGAGCAAGAUAUGGGUGUGUGAAUCGUGUUUUGUUUGGAGGUGGUCGAGUGGUUGAGGGUUGUGAGACGUGACUAUCCCUCGUAAUUUUCAUGGCUGUGUAGCAUUGGGGUAGCAUUUUGGUAUUAUAGUUUUAUAAGGGUUUAUUUAGGGAACGAGGAUCAGAUAAAAAAAGAGGAGUGCUGAUUUCGGGAAUGAAUACUUUUGGUGGAC